UUUCUAAAAUACUGUUAUUCAUUGGUUGUAUGUAUGAAUUUCAUAGUGUUCGCAGGUUACAAUAAAUCAGACAAUUUUUCAAUUAAAGUUGAAUUAAGAUUGAAAUUAUAGUGUAGUGCACAAGGACCAUUAAUCGUAAGAUAUAGAAUCGAGAACUAUUUAAUGGAUCCGACUAUCGGUUGGUAUCAACCGGAGCAGUUCGGCCCCGCUAAGGAUUUGUGGUUACACAUUUGGGAAGCUGAGAAAGGCCUGGAUAUCUUAACGCUGAAGAACGACUCGUCUUCAAAUGUUAUGGGAGUGAAACUUCAGCAGGACUUUAUAUCUUUGGAUUCUGCUAAUUCUCGUACAGGGGACCGAAUGCAACUUAAUACUUGUAACAGCUAUUAUAAUCCGUCACGUAGGAAAGGUGAUAAUCGUGCUAGUACUUACGGCAUGAACUACAAUUACGAUGCCUUAGUCGGCGAAUACGGCGGUUGCCCGUGGAGGGUACCCAAUAAACAUUAUUCAAAAGGGGUUAUCGGAUUACAUGAAGAGAUUGAAGAUUUUUUUUCUUACAUGUGUCCCUCUAAUGAGGAGCACAACUUACGAAUGCGUGUUGUCAAAAGGAUAGAACAAGUAAUACAUGAUCUGUGGCCAGAUUCUAAGGUUGAAGUAUUUGGCAGCUUUCGCACUGGUUUAUAUUUACCUACAAGUGAUAUAGAUUUAGUAGUAAUAGGAAUGUGGACAAAUCUUCCAUUGCGUACUCUGGAACGUGCUUUAUUGGAUCAAAAUAUUGCUGAACCUUCCUCUAUUAAAGUUCUGGAUAAAGCUAGUGUUCCGAUUGUUAAGUUAACUGAUAAAGAAACUGAAAUUAAAGUAGAUAUCAGUUUUAACAUGAGUAAUGGGGUUAAGUCUGCAGAAUUGAUAAAUUCUUUUAAAAAACGAUAUCCAGUAUUGGAGAAACUAGUUAUGGUAUUAAAGCAAUUCUUGUUGCAAAGAGACCUGAAUGAAGUGUUUACUGGUGGAAUCUCCUCCUACAGUUUAAUAUUAAUGACUAUCAGUUUUUUACAGUUACAUCCCAGGCAAAAUGCUUAUUGCUCAAAUGCUAAUCUUGGGGUGCUAUUAAUAGAAUUUUUGGAAUUAUAUGGUAGGAAAUUUAAUUAUGUUAAAACAGGAAUUCGAGUAAAAGAUGGUGGUACUUACAUAUCAAAAGAAGAGGUUCAACGAGAUAUGAUUGAUGGUCAUCGACCUUCUUUAUUAUGCAUAGAAGAUCCGCUUACACCUGGAAAUGAUAUAGGUCGUAGCAGUUACGGUGCUCUGUAUGUAAAAGAUGCGUUUGAUUGGGCUUAUUAUGUUCUAUCACAGGCUGUCAGCCCUUUAAAUAUUUUAGUUAAUGAUGCAAAUAAAGUAAGUAUAUUAGGAAGAAUAAUUCGCGUGACAGAUGAAGUAAUAGAAUACCGCAAAUGGAUCAAAGAAACAUUCCCACUACCUUUGAGCGAGGUAGAUUCAUUGUCAAGUUCAACUGGAUCAGAUGCAUCAACACUGUCUGCUCCAGCUAGCGAUACGGAUUCCGAAUGUAGCCGUGGAAAUUCUCCUAAUACUGGGGGAAAAGGAGAAGAUAGGAAUAAGGAAAGAAAUGUAUAUAAUAAUCAACAUACUCAUCAUUCACAGUGGAAAAAGCCAUUCAAAGGAACUGCUCAUGGCAAUCAUCAUCACAGUUCUAGAGGAAAUUAUCAUCAUCGUGGAAUAAAUAACAACAUAAGUGGACAGAGUAAGGCAAAACAUUCUCUUCAUAGUAAUGGAAGUAAUAAUAAUAGCCACAGUCCAAGUUCAAGGUCACAAACCGUUAAACGAAAAAAACAGUGCAUUACACCUCGUGGUACAGGAGAUUGUGUGCGGUGAUGAAACGUGCAAAAUAAUGUUGGACUUUGUUUGUCACUUAAGUAGAGAGCUCAAUAUCAUAAUCGUGUGGUGAAAAAACACUGGAUUAACUUUCAUCACACAACUAAACUAUCCUUUCCAUUUUAGUGUACAGAGGGGCUCAGUGUCUAUAACGAUGUGGAGUUGAUAAAACUCUAUGUCCCUUUUUUCUUAUAUGAACAAGAAAGUGGCCCCAGUGUAAUUAAGUUCUCCAUUUCACCAGAAACAUUUUAUUCUGUACGAGAAUUUAAAUACCAAAGACGUACAGAAUUGUAAUAUAGAUUGAUUUAGUUUUACUUUCAUUUCGUAUUCCUGCACAUAUUACAAGUAACACUGAGAAAAUAAUGUAAUAUUUUACUAAUUAUGGUUUACAAGGUUAUAAGCUUAUUGCAAUUUUUAAAUAGCAAUUGUGUUCAUAAUCACGAUAAAAUCAUUGUAAUACAUUUAUAUGAUAUGAAUGAUAUAUACAAAAAUUAUUUACAGUACAGUUUUCUUAAAGAUUUCAUGAAGCCAUAAAACAAGCUCUAACAAUGAUGAUAAAGACUUAGUUUUCUAUAUGGAAUUAUAUUCUUAUAACAAAGGGGUGGCAGACAAAUUGGUGAUAUUGGAACUUACCUAUUGUAAAUAUUGUAAUAUAUAUUAUCAAACAUAGAAACAUAAGUUUAAGAGUUACCUACUAAAUCUUUUUUUUUUUUUUCUAUUUUGUUAUAAUAAUUUUAUCAUUUGAAAUUCACGUCUAUGUCUAUGUGAGAAUUAUCUAUUUUUUCUGUAAUAUGUAAGUCCAAUAUUGUUGUGAAAAUGUUUUGGUAUAUUUUUCGGAUUUUAAUAAAGCUAUAAGUUCGUGUGCUGAUGAUCAAGAAAUUUUAAAUAAAAAUAUUUUUGAAAAUACUAACUCAUCGAUAAAAAAUGAUAUAAUACAUUUUAGAUUUUUACAUCGUGUUCUUUCAAGUUGUAAUUGUGCGUAAUACUUUACUUUUUAUACAGAAUUGCUGAUUUCGUAACACUAGUUUGUAAUUUUUAGUCUCCCCUGAACAAUAAUACAUUAUUUUUAUAUUACGAAAACUAAUAGUAAGCAUAUACAUCAUGAUAGAACGUCACAUGAAUUCAAUGCACGAAUCAGAUAUUGCAUUUAAACGUAUUCUGUAUUAAAUAUUUAAAAAACUGAGCAACAUUUCAAAAAUUUUGUAUAUGACAAUACGCAGAAGGCCUUUAUAUUAUUGAAGACUCUUGAUAUUUGUAAAAUUUAUCUUAUAUUUAAUUUAUUAUUAAAAAAUUACAUUCCGUUUUUUCAAUGUAAAUUUUUAUUUCUAAAAUUAACUACAGAAACGACUGCGUUUAUUAUAGCAAGCGUUUACUGAUUAAGAAUAUUUAUCUAGAUUGCAUUUUGUGUUAAUACAGGUUGUAAUAUAGUUCAAACGGUGUCUUCUAUUAAAUUCGAAUGAAACAGUAAAAAA